CUCCCUUGUACAUUGGUUCGGUGCAAGUGCACCGUACAACGACACUGGGAACGCUCAUUUUACAUCGUGGAACUUUGUUCAGAAAUCAUAUUCGAUCAUUUCGUAAGAUUGCAACAGAUGACAAAUCAUGGAUUGUGGCGUAACAGCUGCUGUAUUGACAGACAGAUUAUUACUUCAUCUACUUGGUGUGUGCAACUGUUAUUGAGGCACCAUGAAACGAUGUAAAGUGAACAUUUUAUCAAAAGUAUUGAAGUCAACUGGCCUUGGGGAUAAAGAUAAGCUGUAUACUCAGUGUGCAGAGUGUUUAAACAGACGACAUGUAAGCACCAUAAGGAAGUCCCAUCACAGGACCAUUGGUAAAUGGACUGUUAUCACUUUUGCUGUGGUGGGGGUUAGUGGGAUGGUGAUAUGGAAGGAAGUUUUCCCUAUAGACGCUAGGCUGCCACAGAAUAUCUCAAAGGUGUUGGAGUCCAAUUCUACUCAUUACCUUUACCUGGAGACAAAGAUUAACAACUGGAAUGGUGAAAUAACGCAGGAAGACAAAUCCACCAAGCAUUGGAAGGAGCAGAAAUUCAGCUGGUUUCCUUGGUUACGUACUCGGAGUGAUGACCCAUGGACGUUGCUAAGGCUUGCUCAGUCAAACAAUCAUACGGUCAGGCUCCUGGGAGUACAAGCCUUGGCUUCUAAACACCACUGGAAAAAUCACCAGUACAGACAAAUUGCUCAAGCUUGUGACAUGCGCACUCUGGUGGGUUUGGCAAGAUCCGCCCAGGUUGAUCAGCGCUACUUUCUACCACCUCCCACGCUGCUUCAUGAAGAGAAGUCUGAAGAAGAUCAGUUCAGGGAAAUUCUCACAAACUUGCCACAGACUGGGGUAAAUCGAUGCAUACAACAUUUUACUUCCACGGCUUUACAACAAGGCCAUGCAACAGAGAAUAAGGAAGGAUUCUGGUACUUUGACGGAACAGGACUGGAGUUUGUUAACAGUCUGAGUGAAGUACCUGUGGAAAAAGUGGAGAAAAUCAGCUUGGAUGCCUUAGCAAUACACUCAACGGUAACUAGUCACUGUCCAGACAUCGUCCAGCUUGGAGGCCUUCAGCUUCUGCAGAAGAUCCAGGGAAAGAGGAAAAACAAUGUGACACGACGACUAAUCGCAAGGAUUAUUGGAAAUCUAGCUGUUGAUUACAACUUACAUAGUGAUAUUAUUAAAUCCGGGUGGGUGAGUAUUCUGGCUGACUGGGUUAACUCACCAGAUCUCUCUCUGGCCCUGCACUCCUCUCGAGCCCUGAUAAACCUGGAUGUAGACUAUGAAGGGAAAUUGUUGGAGGAUGGGGUGUAUCUCAUGCAUCCACGCUUCAGGAACACUGAGCCAAUAUAUGCAGAUGUUGUGUUUGUGCAUGGGUUGUUGGGUGGUCCGUUUGUAACCUGGAGACAAGGGAAGUCAGAGCUUGAGAAAGGCCAGCAUCAUGAGAAGCCAGCAGAACCUGUUGCCUACACCUACUGCUGGCCUAAAGAUUGGCUUGCCGCUGACUGUCGUCACCUGAGGAUAUUCAGUGUAGAGUAUGAAACCAACCUUAGUGACUGGACAGCCAGAUGCCCAUGGGAAAGCGACGUAAGGUCGUUGAGGACACGCAGUACUGUUAUGCUGAAGAAGCUGAAGAAGGCUGGAAUCGGGAAGAGACCCAUUAUCUGGGUUGGUCAUUCCAUGGGAGGCUUGCUGAUUAAGAAGAUAAUUGAGGAGUCCUUAUUUGAGGAGGGGGCACAGGACAUCCGUAACAACACACGGGGAUUCAUCUUCUACAGUGUCCCCCACCGAGGCUCACAGCUGGCAGCCAUGUCCAAACAUGCAGCCUUUCUUCUCUACCCGUCCCCUGAGGUGCUGGAGCUCAGCAGUGAUUCUCCAUCACUCCGAUCUUUACAUGCUCAGUUUGUGGACUUUGUCACAGAACGUUCCAUCCCGUGCCUUAGUUUUGGGGAACUCAGGAAGACUGCUCUUGGAAUGACAAUAAAAACUCUGAUCGUGCCACCAGAAUCUAGUGACCCAGGGGUGGGUGAGUACCACCCGAUUUACACCAAUCAUCUCAACAUCUGUAAACCUCUUAGCAGGACCUCACCAAUCUACCAGAUGACACUGAGCUUCAUCCACAGAUGUGUGCCAGAGACGGUUGUGGACAACCUCCUCAAAGCCAGCGUUAAUGAAGGAACAUUUGGAACAGAAUUUUUCUUUUGGCAUAAAUCAUCAUGAGCUUUAUCUUUAGAUGUGUGUUAGAGACAGUCGUGGACAACCUCUACAAAGCCAGCAUUAAUGAAGGGACAUUUGGAACAGAAUUUUUCUUUUGGCAUAAAUCAUCAUGAGCUUUAUCCAUAGAUGUGUGCCAGAGACAGUCGUGGACAACCUCCUCAAAGCCAGCGUUAAUGAAGAGACAUUUGGAACAGAAUUUAUCUUUUGGCAUAAAUUAUCAUGAGCUUUAUCCACAGAUGUGUGCCAGAGACAGUCGUGGACAACCUCCUCAAAGCCAGUGUUAAUGAAGGAACGUUUGGAACAGAAUUUAUCUUUUGGCAUAAAUCAUCAUGACCUUUAUCCACAGAUGUGUGCCAGAGACAGUCCUGAACAACCUCCUCAAAACCUGCAUUAAUGAAGGGACGUUUGGAACAGAAUUUGUCUUUUGGCAUAAAUGAUCAUGAGCUUUGUCCACAGAUGCAUGCCAGAGACAGUCGUGGACAACCUCCUCAAAGCCAGCGUUAAUGAAGAGACAUUUGGAACAGAAUUUGUCUUUUGGCAUAAAUUAUCAUGAGCUUUAUCCACAGAUGUGUGCCAAAGACAGUCCUGGACAACUUCCUCAAAGCCAGCGUUAAUGAAGGGACAUUUUGAACAGAAUUUGUCUUUUGGCAUAAAUGAUCAUGAGCUUUAUCCACAGAUGUGUGUCCAAGACAGUUGUAGAGAGCCAGUGUUAAUGAAGGAACGUUUGGAACAGAAUUUUUCUCUUAGAAUAAACCAUUAUUUGUAGUAACAUAAUUGUUUAUGAAUGUACAUGAUGUAUAUCAUACAUGUAUAUUGAUGAACAUAUCAAAUAUGUACGUAAUAAUCACAAGGACUGAAGCUCUUUGCACAUGACCAGAGCUGUGCUGUGCCUAAUUUCCCAGUGAUGUACACCUUCAUACUCUACUGGAGUUGUUAUAUAUGUUCUUCACCUAACUUGUGGAAAGUUUAACUAACUAGAACUUACACUUGCUGCAAGACUAGUCACAUACUUUACAAGAAUUUUGUUUAAGGUAUAUAUUAAAGCUAAACUAUAUUCAGAGUAGGUGUCAGUACAAUAUUUAUGCCAGGGCCUUGUUCCACAAAACAUUUGAAGGCUAAAGAUGUAUGUUUCCAUGGUAGUUAGAACCAACAGUGCACAAUUAUUUCGUGCAACAGGGGCUGAUUCCACAAAGCACUUCCUGUCUUAAGUCAGAAUUUAAAACCUUUGUAAGAUGUUUAGUUUUUGGUACUGGGAGUUGAAAUUUGGAAACAUUUGUCUCAAGACAACAUUGAUGAGGGCGACAAAAUUUUAAUUUCUAAAGCCCAAAAACAAGCUUUCAGAUCAGAUUUCAAAUUUGGAAAUGGCUUUGUGUCAUAUAUGACUUAAGUCAAAAUUAACUUAAGCACAAUCCUUAGUUUUUAAUUGUGGAAAUUGAAAUUUAUACACAUUUGUGUGAAGGUAAUAAUAAUCCGGUUGACAAAAUUUUAAUUUCUGAAGCCGAAGAACGAGCAUUAAGAUCGCAUUUUAAAUUUUGACUUAAGUAAGAAAUGGCUUUUAGGAAUUGACCCCAGGGCCCUUAUAUAUCAAACGUCUUGAGACUUAAGUCAGAAAUAAACAAAGCUACACUUAAAAUGUUUUGCUCUAGAUUGCCUACAAUUUGUACACUGAUUCGUCACUGCAUAGCUGUGUACUAACUCCAGUUGGAGUGCUUUCCUGUUCUAUGUUUGGCUUUUUAAGGACUUGAAACUUAUGAUUUAAGUCUUAAGGUGCUUGAUAAAUACAGACCAAGGGCUUUAAGAAUCCGUAAACCAUUGUCUAUGUAUGGCAAUGGGGUAUACCUGAGCUCUACGUGAUUAUCUUUUGUGAAAUUUGGGUACAAUAUGCAUAAAUGGGAUGCCGUUAUUGGGAGAUGCCUAUCAGAAGAAGUUAUUCAGUAUUUUCAGUUAUGCUUUUGCAUAACUGUGGAUAAGCUGGAAGACGCAUACCUCUUCUUCGGGAUUUUACUUUUUUUCUGCAAAAGUAGUUUAGCAAUCUGCCUACUAGUAUAUAAAGCUGUACAAAGUGUAUAUUUUUCAUUGUGUUAUAUAUUGAAGCUGAGCUUUAGAUUUGUGUGAAUGUGUGAAAAGGUUAGCUGAUGGCAGAUGCCAUUACAGUGUGCCAGCAUUUUUAUGACCAAUUGAAUGAGACCAGCCGUAUUUUAGCCAAACUUCAUCCACUUUUAUUUUUGUACAGGUUCAUGUACAGUGUUGAUAUUUUAAAUCCAGUCAACGGGAAACUUUCAUAUUUAUUUUUAAAUCUUAGAAAAGUUGACCCAGAGUAUUAAAAUAUGUUAAAUGAUCUAAAAUUUUACCCUAGAAAGGCAAUUAAAUGUCAUGAAAUAUUACUUUUAGUGCUGAAGCUUACAUUUCCACAGUGGGAUAUCAUCCUACUUUCCAUGAAAACCUUAAAACAUCUUUCUAAAAUUAAAAGAACUCACAGAAUAAGGCAUAGUUUACACCACGCCUGGGUGAAGUUUUAUGUCAUUAUUAUAAAGAUAACCAGUGGGGAGCUUUCCUAGCCAUAAUAAAUUCAGCUCAAUCUAUCUGCUGUCUCACUUUGACCCUUUUCAAGUUCCACCAAUAUAUUUUGCAAGUAGGGAUAGCAGAUUGGGGAAGAUCGGUCAGUUUAUACUAGAUUUGCAGAGGCAAUAGUUGCUCCAUUUGAUUAUUAUAACUUGUAGACAUGGAAUAAAGGUGAUAUCAGUUCAUAUUUGGCGGGUAUGUUUGUGUCAAACAGAGAAAUCGCGCAAUCUGAUACAGUAGCUUUUCUUGCUGAAUCACAUCAUUCCUGCGAGAUGACCCUGAAACCGAAUAAUGCUUAGUAUGUGAUUGAUCGUCAUGACAUUUUAUUGCCAGAGAACAGGAGAAUAUAUCCUGCUUCAGCUUUCAUCUUGGUAGACAUACCAGGGUAACCUUUUAACAUACCAUCAGAUGGCAAGUUCAGGGAUUUACAUGUGAUGUUUAAGCUAUGUAAAAUAAAACUUAAUUUAUGGUCCACACCAUUUUACUAGCGUAUUUCAAAACUUUUUACUAUUUGUUGUGUUCAGAUAGUAUUUAGAUAUUCACAUUUGCGACCUUGAUAGACUUGAAUGGAACCAACAAGCUGAUGUUCUGCAUUCUUGUGACAUUAUUUGUUAUUAUUCGAAUUAUUGGUGAAAUUAAUUGUGAAACUAUAACAUCGCAGAAAGCAACAGAAUUGCAUAUGUUAGGUUAAAAUGUGAAUUUUUGAGUAGUAUUUUGGAAAGGACUUAGGUUUAUUUGGAACCACUGGGGGAACCACUCAGUACAAACAGUUGCCUUGUCCCCUGGUAUAGCUGCUAGACUUUACUCCAUGCAUGGUAGGUUAGUGC